UGAAUUUGAACAUGUUUAUCUUGAAAAUCUGCCAUGUGCUUCAAUGUAUGAACGCAGCUACAUGCACAGAGAUGUCAUUACACAUGUAGCAUGUACUAAGACAGAUUUUAUUAUAACAGCCAGUCAUGAUGGACAUGUGAAAUUCUGGAAAAAAAUAGAAGAAGGGAUUGAGUUUGUUAAACACUUCCGGAGUCAUCUGGGUGUUAUUGAGAGCAUUGCUGUUAGUUCGGAGGGGGCAUUAUUCUGUUCAGUUGGAGAUGACAAAGCAAUGAAGGUGUUUGAUGUGGUCAACUUUGAUAUGAUCAACAUGCUGAAACUUACCUACCACCCUGGCCAAUGUGAAUGGGUAUAUUGCCCUGGAGAUGCCAUAUCUUCUGUUGCAACAUCUGAGAAGAGCACAGGAAAAAUAUUCAUAUAUGAUGGACGAGGAAAUAACCAGCCACUUCAUGUUUUUGAUAAACUCCAUACAUCCUCUCUUACUCAGAUACGGUUGAACCCUGUCUACAAAGUAGUGGUGUCUUCUGACAAAUCUGGAAUGAUCGAGUACUGGACUGGUACUCCUCACGAAUACGAAUUUCCGAAGAAUGUGAACUGGGAGUAUAAAACAGAUACUGAUCUGUAUGAAUUUGCCAAAUGCAAGGCUUACCCAUCCAGUAUAAGUUUUUCUCCUGAUGGCAAGAAAAUGGCCACUCUUGGGUCUGACAGAAAAGUUAGAAUUUUCCGGUUUUUGACAGGGAAGCUCAUGAGAGUCUUCGAUGAAUCUCUGAGUAUGUUUACUGAACUUCAGCAGAUGAGACAACAACUUCCAGACAUGGAGUUUGGCCGACGAAUGGCAGUUGAGCGUGAGCUAGAGAAAGUGGAUGCAGUAAGAUUAAUUAAUAUAAUUUUUGAUGAAACUGGACACUUCGUUCUCUAUGGAACAAUGUUGGGCAUUAAGGUCAUAAAUGUAGAGACUAACAGGUGUAUUCGUAUCUUGGGAAAACAAGAGAACAUCAGAAUGAUGCAACUAGCAUUGUUCCAAGGAGUAGCAAAGAAACAUCGUGCUGCAAUCACUAUAGAGAUGAAGGCAUCUGAAAAUCCUGUGCUCCAGAAUAUCCAGGCAGAUCCAACAGUAAUCUGCACAGCUUUUAAAAAAAAUAGGUUUUACAUGUUUACUAAACGUGAACCAGAAGAUACAAAGAGUGCAGAUUCUGACAGAGAUGUGUUUAAUGAGAAACCUUCUAAAGAAGAGGUCAUGGCAGCCACUCAGGCAGAAGGUCCCAAAAGAGUUUCAGACAGUGCCAUCAUCCACACAAGCAUGGGAGAUAUUCAUGUCAAGCUUUUUCCUGUUGAGUGCCCCAAAACAGUGGAAAACUUCUGUGUGCACAGCAGAAAUGGUUAUUACAAUGGACACAUAUUUCACCGUAUCAUCAAGGGUUUCAUGAUUCAGACUGGUGACCCGACUGGUACAGGAAUGGGAGGUGAAAGUAUUUGGGGAGGAGAAUUUGAAGAUGAAUUUCAUUCGACUUUACGACAUGACAGACCAUACACACUCAGCAUGGCUAAUGCAGGACCAAAUACCAAUGGAUCCCAGUUUUUUAUAACAGUAGUGCCAACUCCAUGGCUAGAUAACAAGCACAGUGUGUUUGGACGGGUGACUAAAGGAAUGGAAGUUGUUCAGAGAAUCUCAAAUGUAAAAGUGAAUCCCAAAACUGACAAACCCUAUGAGGAUAUCAGCAUCAUUAAUAUCACAGUGAAGUGAG